AUGGGGGACGAUGAUAGUGACAAAGAGAACAAGGACAACGAGUCAGAUGGGCAGAAAGAGAAAGAGGAGAAGGAACCGAAUGAGCAAGACCAGCUCAAAGACACAGAUGAGAAAGACAAGGACGAUGACAAGCCUGCGGAGCGAGAAAAGUCUCGGGAGAGGUCUAGAGACCGCUCUCGGGAGAGAUCGCGUGAUCGGGAGAAGCGCUCCAGGGACAGAUCACGAGAUCGCGACAAGGAUCGGAGAGAUCGCGACCGAAGUCGUAGCCGUGGCAAAGACAGAGAGAGAAGGCGGGAGGAUCGGAAGACCCUGGCCAUCUCCAACCUGAGUCGAAAUGUGAAUGAAGACCAUCUCAAAGAGAUCUUCGGAAACUAUGGCAAGGUCAAGGAAGCCACCCUAGCCAUCGACAAGGCAGCCGGCCUUCCCAAAGGCUAUGCCUACGUCGAGUUCUAUGAAGAAAGGGAUGCCGACCGCGCGAUCUCUCACAUGAACAGUGGGCAGAUCGACGGAAAUGUUAUCAGGGUGGAGCACCAGGCUGACCGCAAGCGAAGGCUGGAGCACACGCCGGCUAUCCCCAUGCGACCGCGAGUGCAGCGAACAGCGCCCGUGGCACAAGUGCGUCAGGAACGAGAGCAGCCUGCGCGUGAGCAGCGCGAGCAGCGUGAGCGUGAACGAGACCGCGAUCGGGACCGUGAUCGCGACCGUGACCGCCGAGCUGAGGCAACCAAGAGGGAAGACCGCAGCGGCCGAGACCGGGAUCGCGAUCGCGAUCGUGACCGUAACCGGGAUCGGGACCGAGAUCGGGAAAAGGAGAAGGAACGGGCCAAGGACAAAGAAAGAGCUGAGCGUGAGAAGGAAAAAGAGAAGGAAAAGGAGAGAGAGCGAGAAAAGGCCAAGGCUCGAGCUAGGGACGAUGAGUCCGACUCAGAGGACUCGGAGGAAGAGUCGAUUCCCAAGGCCAAAGCCAAGAAGCCGGCCCCCAAGAAGGAAGACAAGAAAGAGGAGAAGAAGGAGGAGAAGAAGGAAACAAAGGCGCCAGCAAAGACUAAGGCCAAGGAAACAGAAGAGAAGAAGAAGCCAGCUGCGAAGAAGAAAAAGGAGGCUGAUGCCGAAGAAAAGCCAAAGGUAAAGUCGAAGACUGCGGAGAAGCCAACGAAGACAAAGGAGAAAGAUGAGAAAGCCAAGGCAUGGAUGGUAGCGUUCCUUCUGUCCAACAGCAACGUUUAG